GAACGAACACAUUUAUGGAUGAGUUAAAUGACACCCACAUAACUCUUCGUGGAUACGUCGAAAUGGAGAAAUACAGAUAUCUGUAUUUCACGGUUAUGUUUUUAGUUUACGUCUCGAUAGUUUGCAGCAACGCCACCAUCGUGUACUUGAUCUGGACUCACAAAAACCUCCAUGAGCCGAUGUACAUCUUCAUUGGUGCUUUAUUGUUUAACUGCGUUAUUUACAGCUCCACGUUUUACCCAAAGCUUUUGACCGACUUCCUCUCUGAUAAGCAGGUCAUACUGUACUCUGGUUGUGUCUUUCAGUUUUUUAUGUUUUAUUCUGUAGGUGGAUCAGAGUUCUUACUGUUAGCAGUCAUGGCUUUUGAUAGAUACGUGUCAAUAUGUAAACCUCUGAGAUAUCCAACCAUCAUGAGGAAAACUACAGUGAAAUGUCUCCUGGUUUUUGCUUGGCUUUUCCCUCCGUGUCAGCUUGCAGUUCAAGCAGUGCUGUGUGCUAAAACGAAGAUAUGCAACCUUAAUUUGGAGGGAAUAUUUUGCAACGCCAUUUACACAGUUCACUGUGUUAGAUCAAGAACGGCUACGAUAGUUGGGCUUGCUGUUUUAUUAGACGUUGCAGUGCUCCCGAUGCUUUUCACCGUUUUUACAUAUGCAAAGAUUUUUGUAAUGGCUUAUCAAAGUAAUAAAACAUUUCAGAGAAAGGCGGCUGAGACCUGCGUUCCUCACUUGUUGGUUCUGAUCAGCUUUUCGUAUCUGUGUGUGUAUGAUGUAAUCAUAGCUCGAGUCGAGUCUGAUCUUCCAAAAGCUGCACGCUUCGUGAUGACUCUGCAGUUGUUUCUGUAUCAUCCGCUGCUUAAUCCCAUAAUAUACGGGCUCAAAAUGAAGGAAAUUUCUAAGCAUCUGAAGAGGUUAUUUUGUUCUAACAAAUUAUAA